AUGUCCCUUAGCCGGACAUCCUCUGCCUUGCGGCAAUGUCGCCUACGAUGGCACCCGGAAGCCAUCUCCCUGACGCGCACUUUCACUCCCCUGAGCCAUUCUACCCGCCAUCGCCGGCUCUCGCGCAGUGAAACCAAAUCUUUCCAUACGACCCCCUCUAAUGCUGCGCUACGAUCUCCUACCGCUCGGAAGGCCCAAUCCAUCCGGAGGCAAGCCGUCUUCACAAUUGACGGAGUAUUCGCGCACGCUGUCCAAGGUGAUGUCGAGGGAAUGCUCCAAAGGCUGGAAAAGACCGUGGAGGAACACUAUUAUCGGUGGAAGGAAACCCACAGCUACGAGGGAAGUUACGGCAGCACGAAGCUGAGUCUCGAGAAAUAUAAACAAAUCGCACAAUCCCUGCUACGAACCGCUUAUUCCCAGCCUCCAUCAUCACAAGCGAUUCGCGCGAUUUCCACGAAUGUCGAGGUUAUCUGGAACGUUUCGAGAUGCCUACUCAGUCCGGAUAACCGUGCCCUGGAAGUUUGGCUCCACAGUGCCUGUGCCCUCGCAGGCGCAAGAUCCCCUACCCUCAUGCUCGCUCAUAGGAACCUCGAUGACGCGCACCCGAACUACCCUCUACGCACCCAAUUCCUGGAUAAAGUUGAACAAUGGGCGUUGCAAGAUCGUGAUCCUCGCGCCAUGCAUGUUUAUGUGAGGACUCUAAUUGCCCGAGGGGAGCAUGAAAGCGCGGUGCCACUUAUGGACGAGCUCAUGUCGACCAUCUAUCCUUCACCACGAGUGGAGGGCCUGGAGACACCUCUUUCAUUCUACAACAUCCCCGAGGUGUGGCCAACGUACAUCCGUCUACAGGAGGAGCUGAAGAAGAAGGGAGUGGAUUGGGGCAUUGGCAGAGAUGAGCUGGCCCGUCUGGCGGGGGUGGACUACCAAGAGCCCAACUUCUUGUCAAAUUAUGCAUCUGUGAUGUUUGAGGCGGGUGAUUAUGAAAAGUAUGAGCAGUACAUGCAUCAGGCUGCAAUGGCCGGUAUUCCCAGUGCUUGCACCUCUUUGGCCCAUUUCUACUACCUGACUGCGAGAGGACUGUUCCCCCGUCGGGGUGAGAAGACAUUUGUUCCGCGGUCAGCAGAAAACUCUAGAGAGUUACUCAAAAAGGGCAGACUGGAAACUCUUUACUCCAGCAUUGUCCAUGGUCUGCCAACCCAUGAAUACUACAAUAAUCUUGCCCUGGAGUGGUGGGAGCUGGGACUGAACAUGGGCAGCGACUUAUCCGCUAUGUUCCUCGCUCUCGCCUACCGAGAGGUCGGUCAGCUAGACGUUGCAGAAUCUUUUUACAAGCUGAUACAAUCGCCUCGUUUAUUGGCCAGCAAAUUCACCGCUGAUGAUCUCGCCAUUAAUUGGGACAAUCCCGUUGCGUCCUUCUAUGUGCCACGGCGAGUACUCAAUGUAGAAUGGUAUGAUACCGAUGCCAAAUGGACCACUGAGAAAUAG